AUGGAGUUCUAUUCAAGUCUCUCGACCUCGUCUCCAGCGCUUGCCUCCUCGAUAUACCCAACAAUUUUCGAAAUUAUUUCUGCUGACGAGAUCGAUGAGCUGCUAACACCGUCGGUUCGCUAUAUCGUGGCCAAUUUGGUGGCCCGUAAACCAAACAGGUACACUUUGGCCAUCAAUAAUUGGUUUGACGAAUGGUUCUUAUUAGCCACUAGAAUGGCCAUAGAAUCGCACUAUCUAAGUCGUUGGGAUGGCACAUUCAUCGAAAACUUCUAUGGGCUCAAACGUAUCAACGGCUCGAAUCGCAUCUUGCUUCGCACCCUACAACAAAAUCCGGGUUUGGAGCUCCCGGUGCGACUAACAAAUGUACAGCGAUCCGCAGUAGUUGCACAGAAAGUGCUGGUACCAUAUAUUGCAACGAAACUCGACUUGCUACAUUCUAAGCUACUGGCCGCAGCGUUGAUGCGUAAUCCCCGAGAAAACGAUGACACUCAUAAGUCCCGCAAAGUGAGAAAAGCCCUGCGAAACGUCUUCAUUAAAUACUAUCCGCUGCUGAAAAAGCUACUCUUUUUUCUCAACUUGGCCUCAAAGCUUUACUUCCUUACUGGCAAGAGCGGCGCAACAUCCAUUAUCGAGCUUAUCAUGAACAUUAGCUACACACGGCUCUCGAUCCUAGACUAUGAGCGAAAUGAGACCAAAGAUGCUGUGUCGCCGGCAACUACCAGUGCAAGGCGUAUUAGACUUAAUAAAGCUGCUCUUUUGAAUCUUCUUCGGGUUUGGAGCUCCAAAUUAGAUUCGAUUCUUAGAACUGCCGGUUCCCAAGUGUUCCCCGCAUUUAUUUUCAUGCUUCGCAUUUUCCAAUGGUGGACGUCACAAGACAUGACCAAUGAGUUGCAGAGGAAGAUGGACAGUCUUGACCAAGACGUUCCACCACCACCUAUUCCGUUUGAAAGAAACACAAACGGUAAAUGUAGAAUAUGCGAUAGCGAAAUCACCAACCCUGCCGCGAUCGAAACCGGUUAUGUGUUCUGUUAUCCAUGCAUAAUGGAUUAUCUGCCGCAGCAUGAGGGAAAAUGUCCGGUAACGGGCAGCAAGUUACUGGGAUGUAACUAUGAGAAGGAAUCUGGUGAUUGGUCGCUGACGGGAAUCAGAAAACUCAUGAUCUGA